UGAGUUGUAUGACCCUGUGACGGUAACUUUCCUCAAGAUUUUCAGAUCAAGGACUGCCUUCCUCUGAUCGAUUUCGUGAACUGGCCCAUGACACCGUUGAUUUUCCAUUGUCAUUUAACGAGUUCCUACUUUUCAAACUUCGUGCUUGAUGACUACAGUGGUGAAUCUAAAGGGUGCUGUCGGUGUUUUCCCAAGAACGGGAUCCAGAUGGUUCCAGAGCUGAAGGAGCGAACAUUGAUCGCAAAUCACCAAGGCAGCGGUUACCUCUUGGCUACUGCUCAACGGAAAGAAGAAGAGCGCAGCCACCAGCUUGUUAAGACGAACAAUUGCUCAUAAAAUCUGCAGACUCCAUGC